UUACAAAAACUAUAACUUCCCUUGUCUGUGUGCUGCUUGAAAGAAAUCAAGCCACGUCUGGUCAAACUUUGCCCACAGGAGCCCAACCCACCUACAAUAUCAACCAUUUUGCCAAUGAUUAGAAGGCCUAAACUAAUAUUCCUUGCAGCAGCUCUCACUGACUGAGAGAUGAACUCCAUUUGGAUAUCUCUAAAAGAGAACAUCAACUGCGGCAGCAAGAUGACAGACGUUGCUAGGCUGCCCGAAAAAAUGGCCAGACGGAGAAGUAGCACCUCGGCAGAAAGGAAUCAGCUCACUGAUGAACAUGAAAGCCCGUUGUUACAACUCAAAUUUAGACAUUAUCCCAUAAGAAGCAGGUUUCAAGAGCUGGAAAUUGGGGACUCGUCGAGGAAUGUGAUCCUGAUGAUAUACCAAGCAAGUUCAGCUAACCCGAAAAAGUGUUCCAGGACGAUAAAGAGAGUCCUCAAGGUGAAAAACUCGCCCGAUAUCAUAGGAGAGUUUGAAAAGUACAGAGAAUCAGUGAAGAGUACAUCGUACGAGCAUCAUCCAAGAAGCAUGGUGGACGGAAAUGAAAUCUUGCAAUUCUACGGCACAACAAUCAGCUGCUGUGGCAGAAACACACAACUAGUGUCUGAACUUUGCAGUGAUCCCACUUGCCGUGUUUGUAGAAUUAUCCAAUCUGGUUUCAACACUUAUUACAACAUACAACAUGGGAUUCGACUUAGCAUGAGCAGCGAGGAAAUGAGCGAGGAAAUGAGCACCAUUGCCAAGAAUAAGAAUGCAGAUAAGGCAGUGAUCAUUUGUCGGGCAAUAGCUGGUAGAGUUAUAGAUGUGGAAGGUGGGGAAUGUGAAUCUGUUGGAGAUGGAUUGUGUAUGAAGGCUCAGUCCUUAGUUCUACGAAAUCCGACUGCUGUAUUACCCUGCUUUGUUAUAGUUUUCGACUGAAUAUAAUGUUGUAGCUGUGUUUGAUCCAGCUUUUCUGUA